CGGCGCGCGCUGCGUCCCGGCGCUCGGCUUUCCCUCCGCCGGUCCCGCCCUCCGUCGCGGCGGCGCGGUGUAUCCUGGGAUAGGGAGCGAUCUCCGAGCGAGGCGGCAAGAUGGACGCGGGAUUUUUCCGCGGAACAAGUGCAGAACAGGAUAAUCGGUUCAGCAACAAACAGAAGAAACUACUGAAGCAGCUGAAAUUUGCCGAAUGCCUAGAAAAAAAGGUGGACAUGAGCAAAGUAAAUUUGGAGGUUAUAAAGCCUUGGAUAACAAAAAGAGUAACGGAAAUCCUUGGGUUUGAAGAUGAUGUUGUCAUUGAGUUUAUAUUCAACCAGCUGGAAGUGAAGGCCUGAACCAAAAUGGAAGUUAUUCCUUGCGUCUGAAGUAUAGCACCAUCACCUUAUUAGGUCACAGCAGAGUGAGUGUCCCAAUGUCGCUCUGACCCAACUCCCUUGAUGAUGCAGUGUGUGUUUGGAGAAUCCAGACUCCAAAAUGAUGCAAAUCAACCUGACUGGAUUUUUGAAUGGAAAAAAUGCUCGAGAAUUUAUGGGAGAACUGUGGCCCCUGCUGCUAAGUGCACAAGAAAACAUCGCAGGAAUCCCUUCUGCUUUCCUAGAACUGAAGAAAGAAGAAAUAAAACAAAGACAGAUUGAACAAGAAAAAUUGGCAUCUAUGAAAAAGCAAGAUGAAGACAAAGAUAAAAGGGAUAAGGAAGAAAAAGAAAGCAGCAGAGAAAAAAGGGAGAGGUCUCGUAGCCCAAGAAGACGCAAAUCCAGAUCUCCUUCCCCUAGAAGACGAUCUUCCCCUGUCAGGAGAGAGAGAAAGCGCAGUCAUUCUCGAUCUCCCCGUCACAGAACCAAGAGCCGGAGUCCUUCCCCUGCUCCAGAAAAGAAGGAAAAAACUCCAGAACUCCCAGAACCUUCAGUGAAAGUAAAAGAACCUUCAGUACAAGAGGCUACUUCUACUAGUGACAUUCUGAAAGUUCCCAAACCUGAACCUAUACCAGAGCCUAAAGAACCUUCUCCAGAAAAAAAUUCUAAAAAAGAAAAGGAGAAGGAGAAGGCCCGACCACGAUCUCGGUCACGCUCCAAAUCAAGAUCCCGGACGCGUUCCCGCUCUCCUUCUCACACUCGACCUAGACGGCGCCAUAGAUCCCGAUCAAGAUCGUAUUCACCUAGAAGGCGGCCAAGCCCAAGAAGGCGGCCAUCUCCUCGAAGAAGAACUCCACCAAGAAGAAUGCCUCCUCCACCAAGGCAUAGAAGGAGUAGAUCGCCUGUAAGACGAAGAAGACGUUCUUCAGCAUCCUUGUCUGGGAGUAGCUCAUCAUCCUCUUCAUCUCGUUCACGGUCACCACCAAAGAAGCCUCCCAAGAGGACAUCCAGCCCCCCUCGGAAAACUCGUAGGUUAUCUCCUUCAGCAAGUCCUCCAAGGCGAAGGCACAGGCCAUCACCUCCUGCAACUCCACCACCCAAAACUCGGCAUUCCCCAACACCCCAGCAGUCAAACCGUACAAGAAAAAGUCGUGUUUCUGUGUCUCCAGGGAGAACUUCAGGUAAAGUGACAAAACAUAAAGGUACUGAGAAAAGAGAAUCCCCUUCACCAGCACCGAAGCCUAGAAAAGUAGAGUUAUCUGAAUCGGAAGAAGAUAAAGGUGGCAAAAUGGCUGCAGCAGAUUCUGUGCAGCAGAGACGCCAAUACAGACGACAAAACCAGCAGUCUUCAUCUGACUCUGGCUCCUCCUCCUCCUCAGAAGAUGAACGACCCAAGAGGUCCCAUGUGAAGAAUGGUGAGGUUGGCAGGCGGCGGAGACAUUCCCCUUCCCGGAGUGCUUCUCCAUCACCACGAAAGCGGCAAAAAGAGACUUCCCCUCGGAUGCAGAUGGGAAAGCGAUGGCAAUCGCCAGUGACUAAAAGUGGUAGACGGAGGAGAAGUCCAUCCCCACCACCCACCAGAAGGCGACGGUCUCCUUCUCCCGCCCCUCCUCCUCGACGGCGCAGGACUCCCACACCACCACCACGACGAAGGACUCCUUCUCCUCCCCCACGCCGGCGCUCACCUUCUCCUAGAAGAUACUCUCCUCCAAUACAGAGGAGAUACUCUCCUUCUCCACCUCCAAAGAGAAGAACGGCUUCACCUCCUCCCCCUCCUAAACGAAGAGCAUCACCAUCUCCACCACCAAAGCGGCGGGUCUCCCAUUCUCCACCUCCCAAACAAAGAAGCUCCCCAGUCACCAAGAGACGUUCACCUUCAUUAUCAUCCAAGCAUAGGAAAGGGUCUUCCCCAAGCCGAUCUACCCGGGAGGCCCGAUCACCACAACCAAACAAACGGCAUUCGCCCUCACCACGGCCUCGAGCUCCUCAGACCUCCUCAAGUCCUCCACCUGUUCGAAGAGGAGCGUCAUCAUCACCCCAAAGAAGGCAGUCCCCGUCUCCAAGUACUAGGCCCAUUAGGAGAGUCUCCAGGACUCCGGAACCUAAAAAGAUAAAAAAGGUUGCUUCCCCAAGCCCACAGUCUGUAAGGAGGGUCUCAUCCUCCCGAUCUGUCUCCGGGUCUCCUGAGCCAGCAGCUAAAAAGCCCCCAGCACCUCCAUCCCCUGUCCAGUCUCAGUCACCAUCUACAAACUGGUCACCAGCUGUACCGGUCAAAAAGGCUAAAAGCCCAACACCGAGCCCAUCACCGCCAAGAAAUUCAGAUCAAGAAGGAGGUGGAAAGAAAAAGAAGAAAAAGAAGGACAAGAAACACAAAAAGGAUAAGAAGCACAAGAAGCACAAAAAACACAAGAAGGAAAAGGCUGUGGCUGCAGCUGCUGCAGCUGCUGUGACCCCUGCAGCCGUUGCAGCUGCCACAACCACAUUAGCACAGGAAGAGCCGGUGGCAGUGCCAGAGCCGAAGAAGGAGACUGAAAGUGAAGCUGAAGAUAACCUUGAUGAUUUAGAAAAGCACCUGCGUGAAAAGGCCCUGAGAUCAAUGAGGAAGGCCCAAGUGUCCCCACAGUCUUAGGGGGAAAUGUUUGUUAUGAUGUAAAUUUUAUUUGGUUUGUACGCAGUUCAAUUUCAAAAUUGCUAAAAUGUGUUUGAGCUUUAGACUAUAACAUUUGUUGUAAUAAUUGCUAGGUUGAAGUUCACCAUGUAAAAAAAGGGGGCAUGGAUUUACAUUGCAAAAGGUGUCCACAGUGUAUUAGUGACAUUCUUUCAUUGACAGCUGACAUAAUUCAUUGAGUGAAAUAAUUUAAGCCAAAAAAAAUUCCCUUUUUAAAAAAGGGGGUUUAAAUACUGUUGGCAUUUUUAUGGUUCCUUUAAAUGCCCUGGCUAUUCCUAGAGGGGGUUUUUUGUUUGUUUUUUUGGUUUUGAUCUUCUUUUUGUUUUUCUUUCUUCUUCUUACAUUUUUUUCAUUUGAGUCUUAGCUCCCAUUUAAGUUAUGCUACUGACCUUGUAUGGUCUGUAAGCUUGCCCAGAAAUAAGACCACUGUUUUGAACUACCACAAAAGUAUAAAUGAAUAUUUUAAUGCCACCAUCUUUCCUGUUGCCUGUGGAGUCUGCUGAAAUGAAUCAGGAUUCGAGCUCUAGGAUGAGACAGAAAAUGAAAGCAUGUUGUUUGCCAGGACACUGUGGGUUUAUAUGGAUGUGUAACAAGUUGAUUUGGAACACUGGACUCUCAUUCUGUUCUUCUGGUUUUGUUUUUUUGUUUUGUUUUUUUCUUUUGUAAAGGCAAUGAGCUAGUCCCAGAAAGGAUCCUUCAGUUACAUACAAUUUGUUUAAUGAAAUGUCAUGGCUCUGUUCAUAUCUUUGUCUUGUUCUUCCGAUUGGUAUAUACAAGUUUCAGAGCUCUUGUAUUUGGAAGGCUGGAAGGGCCCAGACUUUGGAAUAGUGUCUUGGUUUCACUGUUUUUGUUUUGAUUUUUUUUUUUGUUUUGAUUUUUUUUUAAACUAAAGCUAUAUAAAGCUUGUGGAUUAAACAGAAUAAAUUUCUAAAUUUAAAAAUUU